AUGGCUAUAUUCCUAAAAAAAUCUUUUAAAAGACCUCAAACCUGGCCGAGGCAGCAAAACCAGCAAACAAGACCUCCGAACCGGCAGACACAACAAAACCAGCGAAAAAAGACCUCAAACCUGGCCGACGCAGCAAAACCAGCAAACAAGACCUCCGACCCGGCAGACACAACAAAACCAGCAAACAAGACCUCAGACCCGGCAGACACAACAAAACCAGCAAACAAGGCCUCCGACCCGGCAGACAUAACAAAACCAGCAAUUAAAACCUCAGACCCGGCACACACUACAAAACCAGCAAACAAGACCUCAGACCCGGCAGACACAACAAAACAAGCAAACAAGACUUCAUACCCGACAGACACACCAAACCAGCAAACAAGACCUCCGACCCGACAGACACAACAAAACCAGCAAACAAGACCUCCGACCCGACAGACACAACAAAACCAGCAAAUAAAAACCCCAGACCCGGCAGACACAACAAAACCAACAAGCAAAGACCUCCGACCAGGCAGACACAACAAAACCAGCAAACAAGACCUCCGACCCGGUAGACACAACAAAACCACCAAACAAGACCUCCGACCCGCAAACAAGACCUCAGACCCGGCAGACACAACAAAACCAGCAAACAAGACCUCCGACCAGGCAGACACAACAAAACCAGCAAACAAGACCUCCGACCUGGCAGACACAACAAAACCAGCAAACAAGACCUCCGACCCGGCAGACACAACAAAACCAGCAAACAAGACCUCAGACCCGGCAGACACAACAAAACCAGCAAACAAGGCCUCCGACCCGGCAGACAUAACAAAACCAGCAAUUAAAACCCCAGACCCGGCAGACACAACAAAACCAACAAGCAAAGACCUCCGACCAGGCAGACACAACAAAACCAGCAAACAAGACCUCCGACCCGGUAGACACAACAAAACCAGCAAAUAA